AGGAGAGAUGCAGCCGGUGCUCCGUCUGCUGUUCUGGGUUGUCCUGAGCUCCGCGCUCGCGCCCGCGCGCGCCACCCAACACGGCAUCCCGCUCGGAGUAGUUAAACUGUGGGCUUCAGCAUUUGGGGGUGAAAUCAAAUCCAUCUCCACCAAAUACUCCGGAUCCCAGCUACUGCAGAAGAAGUAUAAGGAUCAGGAGAAGUCAGUGCGGCUGGAGGAGGUUGAUGGAUCGAAGCUGGUGAAGACUGUGGCUGAAAACAUGGAGGAGAUUUUCAGGAGGAAAGCAGAGGCUACACGACGACUGGUGGAGGCAGCGGAGGAGGCGCACCUGCAGCACGAGGAGAACCCGGAUCUGCAGUAUGAGUACUUUAAUGCAGUUCUGAUAAAUGAAGUGGAUGAAGAUGGUAACAGUGUGGAGUUGGGCGGAGAGUUUAUCCUGGAGCCAAAUGACCACUUCAACAACCUGUCUGUCAACCUUAGCCUCAGUGUUGUCCAGGUGCCCACCAACAUGUACAAUAAAGAUCCUGAUAUAGUAAAUGGUGUCUACUGGUCAGAGGCUUUAAACAAAGUCUUUGUAGAUAACUUUGAAAGGGAUCCCUCACUUAUUUGGCAGUAUUUCGGAAGUGCCAAAGGUUUCUUCAGACAGUACCCAGGUGUGAAAUGGCAUCCGGAUGAACAUGGGGUCAUCUCGUUCGACUGCCGCAACAGAAAAUGGUACAUUCAGGCAGCAACCUCUCCAAAAGAUGUGGUCAUUCUGGUGGAUGUAAGUGGCAGUAUGAAGGGUCUGCGGCUGACCAUCGCCAGACAGACUGUUUCCUCCAUACUGGACACACUAGGGGAUGAUGAUUUCUUCAACAUCAUCGCUUACAAUCAGGAGAUUCAUUAUGUGGAACCGUGUCUGAAUGGUACGCUAGUGCAAGCAGACCGAACCAAUAAAGAUCAUUUCCGAGAGCAUCUGGACAAGCUGUUUGCCAAAGGCAUCGGCCUGCUGGGGGAGGCUCUUGCAGAAGCUUUCACAAUUCUCAGUGAGUUUAAUCAGGCAGGCCGUGGGAGUGUGUGCAGUCGAGCCAUUAUGCUGGUAACAGAUGGAGCCACUGAAAUGUAUGACGACGUUUUCGCCAAGUAUAACUGGCCUGAACGAAAGGUACGCAUAUUCCCUUAUCUGAUUGGACGAGAGUCAGCCUUUGCCGAUAAUCUGAAGUGGAUGGCCUGCGCUAAUAAAGGUUAUUUCAGUCAAAUUUCCACCUUGGCUGAUGUUCAGGAGAACGUGAUGAGGUACCUGCACGUCAUGAGCCGACCGAAAGUCAUCGACCAUGAACACGAUACAGUGUGGACCGAGGCUUAUGUGGACAGUGCCCUUGCUCAGGCUCAUAAGCUUGGAGUAAGCAAAGGCCCGAACCCAGUGACCACAGUGGCCAUGCCGGUGUUCAGCACUAAGAAUGAGACAAAAAACCAGGGUAUUCUUCUGGGUGUGGCAGGCACAGAUAUUCCCAUUCAGGAGCUGAUGAAGACCGUCCCUAAACACAAGCUGGGAAUACAUGGUUAUGCAUUUGCCAUCACAAACAAUGGCUACAUCCUCAUGCAUCCAGACCUCAGACCGCUGUACCAGGAGGGUCAGAAGAGGCGUAAGGCCCAUUACAGCAGUGUGGACCUGUCUGAGGUGGAGUGGGAAGACACUGAUGAUUUUUUGAGGACCGCCAUGGUGAACAGGAAAACAGGAACUUUCUCCAUGGAGGUGAAACGGACUGUGGACAAAGGGAAACGUGUUCUGUCAAUGCACAAUGACUAUUACUUCACCGACAUCAAAGGAACUCCGUUCAGUGUUGGAGUGGCUUUGUCUCGAGGCCAUGGAAAAUACUUCUUCAAAGGGAAUGUUUCUUUGGAGGCAGGUCUCCGUGAUCUUGAGCAGCCGGACGUGGCUCUAGCACAUGAAUGGACUUACUGCAACACGGAUGAGCAUCACGAGCACCGUUACCUGACGCAAAUUCAGGCCAUCAGACUCUACCUGACUGGACGCAAACCGCAUCUCAAAUGUGACAGGGAGCUGAUACAGCAGGUUCUGUUUGAUGCUGUAGUGACCGCACCACUUGAGGCUUACUGGACUGGACUGGCCCUCAACAAGUCAGAAAACCCAGAUAAAGGAGUGGAGAUUGCUUUCCUUGGAACUCGCACUGGCCUCUCAAGAACCAACCUGUUUGUUGCCCCGGAGCAGCUGACCAAUCAGGACCUGCUAACGGCAGAGGAUAAUGAGGGGGUUUUUAAUGCUGAUCACUUUCCGUUGUGGUACAAAAGAGCAGCUGAGCAGGUUCCAGGCACCUUCGUCUAUUCUAUUCCUUUUAGUUCAGCACGAAUGAAUAAAAGUGUGGUGUUGGCCAGUACUGCUAUUCAGCUCCUGGAUGACAGAAAAUCCCCUAUAGCAGCAGCUGUUGGGAUUCAGAUGAAGUUGGACUUCUUCCAAAGGAAAUUUUGGACAGCCAGUCGACAGUGCAAUGCUCUGGAUGGGAAGUGCACCAUAAGCUGUGAUAAUGAGGACAUUAAGUGCUACCUCAUCGACAACAAUGGCUUUAUUCUGGUCUCUGAGGAUUACUCCCAGACGGGUCUCUUUUUUGGAGAGGUGGAGGGAGCGGUUAUGAACAAACUGCUUCUAAUGGGCUCAUUUAAAAGGAUAACACUGUAUGAUUACCAGGCUCUGUGUAAAGAGUACGCAGGUAGCAGUGACAGCGCCCACACUCUACUGGACCCCUUAGCCACUGUGAAAUGGCUUCUGGGUGAACUCAUCAUAUUCCUGUUGGAGUUUAACUUGUACAGCUGGUGGAAUGUGGACUCUGCUGCUAAAGCUGAGAGAGCUCAACGGAGGACCAUGAUGGUUCCGUGUGACACAGAAUACCCAGCCUUCGUCUCUGAGCGCACGAUCAAGGAGACAACUGGCAGCAUUGAUUGUGAAGGCUGCAUGAGAACAUUUGUCAUUCAGCAGAUACCCAGCAGUAACCUCUUCAUGGUGGUUGUGGAGAACAAAUGUGACUGCAGUUCUGCCCCUCCAGUCACUAUGGAACCGAUUGAGAUCAUCUAUAAUGAAUCUCUUAAGUGUGAAAGGCUAAAGUUUCAAAAGGACCGCAAACGUCCAGACUCUUGUCACCCUUUCCAUCCUGAGGAGAAUGCUAUGGAGUGUGGAUCUGCUGCGACUCUGUCUCCGACGCUGGUGGCCGCUGUGUUCCCCCUCUUGACCUUUUUCAUCUCCAGGUGACCUCUGAUCUGACCCUUGACUUUCCACCAGGAACACCCUUUGGAGAAAGCUUCCUAGCUAAUAGCUAAAGCCAAAUGGGGGGAUAAACUCAGUCAAAUGCAGCUCACUGAUAGAAUCAAAAUCAUCAUUAUGACCUCAGAACAAACCUGCUGACACUUUAGAUGGUGGAUGACCUUGAUGACCUUAAUGAAUGUCAUGAAACUGUUCAAACACGGUGAUAUUGUUCUCAAACUAAGCCAAGAAACCCACACCAUGUGGAAGAGUGGAGUUGGGUAUGCAAAGCCAGUGUGCUCAUUAAGUCACUGCUUUUUGCAAGGAGACCUUCACUCAUUCAAAACCCAUCAGCGUCAUUCUUCACAUUUAAACAGGAGCAACAGAGAAAAGGAAUUAAGUUCCUUAAUUUAAUUCUCAUUUGUCUGCCUCUCGUUUUGUUAUAAGAUAGAAUUCAAUUAAAACAAAUAAGAUGCAUGAAAAGAGGGAAAAGAAUAUUUCACAGAUUUCUGAAUUCUGUCACUAAUCAUUUCAUAGGUUGUAGAGAGAGCAGAGCAUCUUUAUUUCAGAAGCU